AUGCCUCGCAAAAGACCACCCCCAAUCCAAGUCCCCCCCAACCACUUCCGCGCCCGCUCCUCCAGCACCGGCACAGUCCUCCACCUCGCCCAGCACUCGCCCACCCCCACCUCCCCCUCCUCCCCGCACACGAAACCCCCCACCGCGCCGCGCUCCCCCCUGGCACGCCAAAACAGCAACGCACCCUCCAUCUCCACCCCCCUCUCCAUCAACCUCUCCCUCACGCCCCCCUCGGUGGUCGAAAUGUGGAUCCUCUGCCGCCAGACCGGCCACUUCUACACGCACUUCAUCGACACCGUCACCGCCACCUCCCUCGACUCGCGCCGCGCAAAAAUCACCCAGAAGAACAACAUGUACGCCAUGUCCGAGCGCGCGCUGACCGUCGCGCGCGAGUUCGCGAUGCUGACGCACUACAACGUCUCGGUCUACGACCUGGGCCAGCGCAAGCUGGCGAAGGACUGGGCGAUCUGCGACACGCCGAGCUACGACAAGCUGUUCACCAUCUGCGGGGAGCGCUCGGCGGAGAUCUUUGGCGAGCGGUUGGGCAAUCGGAUUGACCACCGGGUGGUGUAUGAGCCGCCGUAUGUGGCGGCGAGCCGCAGCAUGAGUAGGCUGGAGGAGGCGGGGCUGCCGCAGGAGUUCCAUAAUGUGCUGCUGCAGUCGAUCCAGCACCACAUGGACGACUGGGGAAGGAAGGUGGGGCGGUACAUCAUGUGUUUUGACCCGUUUCGCCCGCUGGAUGCGGUGCGGUUGAUGAUGGAGACGGCGAAGGAGCUGAGUGUGGCGGCGAGGGCGGUGGUGAGGCUUGUGGAGCACCAUUAUAGGCUGUGCCUGGGGCUGGUGCCGGUUGAGGGGGUGACGGAUGCGAAGAAGGCGUAUGAUAUGUUGGUGCUGGAGCGGGGGGAGGAUGUUGGGGAGGAGCUGGUGAGGGAGAUGCAGAGGAUUGCGGGGGAGGUGGAGACGAGGUUGUGGGUGUUGCGCGGGGAGAGGAGGGAGGCGCGGGCAGGGCUGCCGGCGGUGAUGGAAGGGAGCUGCGGGGAGUAG